AUGCCCAAUCAGAGAGAAAAAAUUUUUCAUAAAAUGAUUCAAGAAACAUGCAAACAUAUGAUGCCAAUUGGCAGAAGAAUAUUUAACAAACCUGAACUCAACAAAGAAAUCAUUGAUCUUAUCGACCAAAGAAACAAUAUCAGACAAACAAAUCCAAGCUCAAAUAUCAUACAAACAAUUGACAACCUAAUCAGGCAACUCACCAAUAAACAGAAAAAAACGAAAUGGUAUGAAUUUCUAUCAACCUUCAAUAACAAAGUUAACUCUAAAAAAAAACUCUGGCAAAACAAUAAAGAACAUAAAAGCCGAGAUCAACCUAUUACCCAAUAUAUCAAAAGUCAUACCUCUUACAGCCUUCUUAGAACCAAACCAUAUCAACUUCGUCUUGUCUGGGUUAAGCUUCAAACGAUUCAAUUUUAA